GAGUCGCUGCUGAAGCUGUCGGACUCGGUGCGGCGGUGGCUCUCGGAGGCGGGGCACUCGGGCCCGGACUCGGACCGGCUGACUAUGUUCCUCGAGAACGCGCUGGCCGAGGAGGCGCGCGGCGUGUCGCCCAUCGGCUUCGAGGCCAUCAAGCUGGCGCGCCUGGACAAGAUGGUGGCGGAGCUGGUCGACUGCGCCAAGCGCGGCACCAUCGUGUCGGCCAAGUGCCUCAGCGACUCGGCCGCCGCCGACAGCCUGCUGCGCGCCUGGCGCGCCCGCUUCAAGGCCCAGUACUUCAUGAUGGACGAGAUCCGCACCGCGGACCUGGCCACCACUGGCCGCCUCGAGGGCGUCGCCUUUGUUGCCCCGGCCCCCGGAGCCCCCGGCGCCUGGAAGGUGACGGACCCAAACCCCAGGCCGCACCUCGGGAGCAAUCUCAAUCUCAACUUUGAAGCCGGGUACUGGGCCUUGAACAUCGCGUGCGCGCACCGCGAUAGUCUGGUUGCCAGUGAUUCUCAAAAAGUCACGACGGGAAAAUACGGCCUUUCAACGUUGCCCUUGCUGACGGGAAAAGAGGACCUCUUCGAAGGCAACCAGUUGAGAUACACCUUUGAGGGAACCCUGAAGGACAUGCACGUCUCGCUCAUGACGAAGGUCGGAAGACAGAUUCGCAUCUUGAGGGGGUACCAGCUGAGGAGUCCCCACGCCCCGUCGGCCGGCGUUCGCUAUGAUGGCUUGUGGAAACUCACGAACUACCGCCACAAGCUCGACCUCAGCACGGAGAUAUACCGCCUUGAGCUGACGCUGGCGCGCGUCGACGGCCAGCCUCCCAUGUCGGAACUCGCCAGGAUCCCCACGCCGUCGCAGCUCGACGACUGGCACCUGUACGAGAAGCUCGAGGCGGACAAGAUCAGGCAGGCCACGGGCGAGCAGAUGGCCUUCCAGUGGAAGGUGCAGAAGGAAGCCGACCGGCUGGAGCGCGAGCAGUGGAAGCGCGUCCGCGAGUUCAGGUCGAGCAUCAGC